UAUUACAGCACAGUUUAAAAUCUAAGGGCCAAUAAACGAAUAAUUCCAAAAUGCAUUAGUCAAAUUAUAAAGUUCCUAAAGCAGCAUAGUUAAGUUUUAGAAUUUAAAAAACGAAUACAAAAAUGUAUAAUUCGAACGAAUUUCUACACAGCGCGGGCGUGAGCCGACACAUGCAAGCGACUGGUGAGGCGCCUUCACAAAAGACGAGCAUGAAACGUCGCUCUUGUGAAGUGCCUUUAGGUGACAUAUCAUCCAAUAACUUCAAAGUAUCAUUAGGAGAUAUUACGAAUGAUGGUCCAAAUUACGAUUGUCGGUCACUCCGUUCAGUGAAGUCGGAAGACACUCGUUCUCUGCGGUGUUAUAGACCGAUAGAUAGUAGGAGCGUGAAGAAUUUCCGGUCAUCCUUAGUUGAUAUUUCUGCAUAUUCGUUGUCGCGACCGCCAAGUUACGAUCAGCUGUCGCGCCGUUCGAUGGUAGAUGGUGCUGAUUGUGCCGGCAUUACCUCCAGUAUUGAAGGCGUGCUGUGGUCAGACGAAGAAGAGAACGAGUACUUCUAUCAUGAAAAUGUAACUUCAGCUUGGAAUCAAGACUUGGCUGCAUUACGACAAUUGCUCGAAAACGAAACCGGUGGCACAUCCUGUCCCAGUUGUAACAUGCCCUUUGACAAGGGUAAAAAGAGAAAGCUUAUCGACACAUGCGGGCAUGAGCGGUGCUACUCGUGCAUGUUCAGAAACGAAGCGUGCCCAAUCUGCGCCCGCAACAGCCAGAGCCGACGGCCCGGCAUGGACCGCUGCACGCCCUCGCCGCAGCGACCUCGCGACCACGACUGCCCAUCCCCGCUGAGGCUGCCCCGGCCACCCAAGAAGCCCUCCAGCCACGCCCAGGCCUGCCCUACACCUCCCCACACCAGGCGAAGAUUCUUCCUGAGUCCCAAGUCCCUACGAAGCCCCUUCGGCCAGCGCUCCUCGCGACAUUCGCACGAGAACCACGUCCCACUAUCUGGGUUACCAGAAGAGGGCGCGAGGAGCGCGGCGUGGCAUAGCCUGGUGUUCAAUAAGAUCCGCUCUCUGUGGUCCGCGCACUCGUCCGUGCCGCAAGGACUCAACCAGCUGACAGACGAUGAAGGAGGGCAUAUCAAGCAAGGCUUCGAGUCGCGACGGCAGAACGACUUGUACAUGCGUCUCGGUCUACUUCUGGGGGAGAGAAGGGGACGGAAUAAGUCUCGGGAUAGCUGCACCUCGCUCGCAUCCCUGGACGCUCAUACCCUGGCAUCGCAUAACACCAGCCCGGUGUCAACGCUAACUGGUUCCUCGGAGGUGGAAGCAGCGACGCCUCUGGGCCGCGAGUCGCUGGGCUCGCUCGCCUCCAUGUCGCUUUCCGCGGCCAGCAACUGCUCGUCUUCCAGUCCUGGUAGUAGACGGCAUUCAGUUAAUGCUUUACAAUGUCGUUCAGAAGAACUCACUCGCAUGUCGAGUGGCUUCUUCAAGAAUAGGAAAACUGCCGCCAGAAGGUCAGCUAGAGUCGGCAGCAGCAAAUCUUCCACAUCAUCAGAUAUUAAGAAAGUACACCCAGCACCGCAACUGAACCUCCGGCCUCUCUUCUUCGAGGUGCCCUCCUCUGAUAAUCAGGACUGCUACUCCGGCCGCCAGUGGCUCCUCAAAGACAUGGAAAAGGCCCUGGAGUCUUCUUCAUCAGGCAUCCUAAUAUCCGGCAGCCCCGGCACUGGCAAAACGGCACUCAUCCUGCAGCUGGUGCAGCACUCCUGCUUCGGCAGGAACCGGAACUUCGAGUACGAGGAGCUCCGGGAACAGUCAGACCUCGGUGAUAUCCUGCCUGAGGACCUCGUGGAAGGAAUGUUCACACAUCUCGCCUCUCAAGUUGUCGCUUAUCACUUCUGUCAGGCGGACAACAACAGCACUUGUCUAGUCGGCGAAUUUGUACACUCUCUAGCAGCACAACUCUGUCAAGCUCCCAGACUACAAGCCUACAGAGAAUACCUCCUCAGUGAACCCCACCUCUUAGCAUGUCUCUCCCUCAAGGAGUGCAUCGCGGACCCCGACCUCGCCUUCAUCAGAGGCAUCAUAGAACCCCUCACGAUACUUAGAAGGAACGGGAGCAUAGACUCCACCAAUGGCAUCAUCCUCGUCGAUGGUCUUUGCGAAGCGGAGUACCAUAGACCGGACCACGGCUACACCAUCGCGACCUUCCUAGCGCGCCAUGUCGCCGAAAUGCCGACCUGGCUUAAAAUUGUCGCCACUGUAAGGACGCAGUUCAUCGAACUCACCAAACAACUGCCCUACACCAGACUGAGUCUAGACGAAUCUGAUAACGUGCAGAAAGAUUUACUGAAGUACUUCAAUGCGAGAUUACAAGCCGCUCCCAUCAUAGAAACCAACAUCAAAUGCUCCACGGGCAAAUCCGAAAGCGCUCACAAUUCAGUUAUGAAAUUCGCUCAAUACAUCCUCCAUUUAAGCCAAGGCUCAUUCCUAUUUCUCAAACUUAUUCUCGACCUCCUCGAAAGGAGUCACAUCGUCGUCAAAUCCACCAACUACAAGGUGGUCCCGAUAUCACUCGCUCAGAUAUUCCUUCUUCAAUUCAAUCUUCGCUUCCCCACAGUUCAGUCUUUUGAAAAAGUCACUCACAUCCUGAGCGUUUGCUUGGCGGCGCUGUAUCCCCUGACUUUAGUCGAAAUAUACUAUUCUGUUAAUUCUUUGCUAGUCGAUACUUUUCUUCCUUGGGACGAGUUCUGUCAUCGAUUCGACACCUUGACGGAUUUCCUCGUCAAGAGAAUCGACAACACUUACAUGUUCUUCCAUCCGUCGUUCAGGGAAUGGUUGAUACGUCGCGAAGAUAACGAGAGCUCCAAGUUCCUCUGUGACUUGAGAGCGGGUCACUGCAGCAUCGCGUACAGGCUGUCCAGGGUGCAAGCUCCCCUAGACCCGGAGAAGACGAUGGAGUUGGGCCAUCAUAUAUUGAAAGCUCACAUGUACCGGAAUCUGGGCCCGGCACAAUUAGGUCUCUGCCCGAGGGAUUUACAAGCUAUGUUGGUAGCGACCAGUUCGGCGAACGUCGGUGAAGCGAUAGCCAACUUGAGGAAUAUCUACACUCCGAAUGUGAAAGUAUCGAGACUGAUGCUCCUGGCUGGAGGAUCUCCGAACCAAGUGACUGAGUGUCUGGGCAACGCGCCAUUGCUGUGUAUGUACUCGUACCAGGGCAUUCUGGCGAUGGUCGGCCUGCUCAUCGAGUUCGGCGCCGAUCUCGAGAUGACCAACUCGCAGGGCUGCUCCGCGCUGGCUCUCGCCUGUCAGCGUGGACAUACUGAUGUCGCGAAAAGACUAAUAGCUGCCGGAGCAUCCCUGAGUCACACGGACACAGCUGAGCAGACGCCUCUAGUGCACGCGGCUAAAAACGGUCACCGCGACACCGUCAUCUACCUGCUCGGCUGUCAGGCUGAGCGCGACACACCCUCACCCCCACCUGGCACAGCACCCCCAGCAACCCCCGCCAGCGCCCGCAUCGAGCACCUCGUGCCCGGCGCGAGACACGCCCUCGUCGCCGCCGCACAGAAUGGACAUCUAGACAUCGUCGAGUAUCUCCUCGACACCGCCGAACUUAUCCCGGACGGCAUCUGCCCGGUGACGGGGGAGACGGCGCUGACGGCGGCGUGCGGCGCCGGCAAGGCGGGCGUGGCGGACGCGCUGCUGGUGCGCGGCGCCACGCCCUACUCGCUGAACGCGCGCCAGAUGUCGCCGCUGUCGCUGGCCGCGCGUCACGCCCGCGCCGCGCUGCUGCUGCGUCUGCUCGACUGCGGCGCUGACGUCAUGGGCUCCGGCGGCAAGAACCCGCUCAUACUCGCCGCAGCCGAGGGACAUGAUGACAUCGUGGAGACAUUGCUGGCUCAUGGAGCCGACCCGGAUGCUGUGGAUGCGGACGGUAUAUCUGCACUAGGCUGGGCAUGUCUCCGUGCUCGUAUCCCAACUGUGAUGCUCUUACUGGACAAGGGCGCUUCUAUAGAACUAGCAGACAGCAGCGGGCGCACACCACUGGCGCUGUCUUGCGGUGCUCCGGCCGAGCUGGCUGAACUGCUGCUCGCCCGCGGCGCCUCGCUAGAGAGAGUUGACCGCAACGGCCUCCGCCCACUGGACCGCGCCAUUGGACAACGCAACCUACCUGUAGUGAACUGUUUCCUGCGGAAGGGGGCGAAGCUCGGCCCCACCACUUGGGUGAUGGCGUCCGGGAAACCUGAAUUUAUGCUUCUACUCUUAAACAAGUUACUGGAAGAUGGAAACAUGUUGUACCGUAAGAACCGGCCCUCGGAAGCCGCUCACCGCUACCAGUACGCCCUCAAGAAGAUCAGCCCAAUGGUGGGGGAGGAGGCUCCCAGCCCCGCAGCCCCCCCACAGGAACACGUCGCCGCAUUCGUACAACUCAAAACCAAUCUGCUUCUCAACCUGUCUCGCUGUAAACGGAAGUUAAACGAACCAUCAGAAGCAUUGGAUUUAGCUGCGCGUGCGUCUGUCCUUCGACCGAAUGCAUUUGAAUGCGCGUACGCAAUGGCUCGAGCUAUUCUAGCCUUAAACAAGCCCUCUGAGGCCCUCCCGCACGCCAGAAGGGCCCUGCUACUGGCGCCACCUACAGACAUGUCCGCUGUCAGAACAUUAAAAGCUUUACAACAAGAAAUACUUACAAGAAUCAACGCAGGCUCCCACAGUUUGAAUGGAGAUACUCGUUCUAUGAGAAAUUAUGACAGUAUCAGUCUUAAUAUGCCUUAAUUUGAUAAUUUUAUCUUAGAAUUAGACUAACUUGACAGUUAUAUUGACACUAAUUG